AUGUCUCACUCUACCGUCCACGUUUCCGGCAUCUCGCCUGCAACCUCCGAGAAGGAGGUCCGCGACUUCUUCAGCUUCUGCGGCAAGAUCGUCACCCUCUCCAUCACCCCAGUCUCCAGCGAAGCCGACGCCCCCAAGUCUGCAACCGUAACCUUUGAAAAGGAAGCCGCGGCCAAAACCGCCCUCCUCCUCGACCAGACCCAACUCGGCACCUCUGCCGUCCACGUCGAAGCAGCCUCGACAAUCGACGAUCUGGCUGGCCCCUCCGCCGCCGAAGUCGAAGCCAAAGAAGAUGAGCACGACAUCGACCAAGAAGACAAGCCGCGCUCGCGCAUCUUCGCCGAAUACCUGGCCCACGGCUACGUCGUCAGCGACAACGCCAUCACCAAGGCGAUCGAACUGGACCAGAAGCACGGCUUCUCGAACCGUUUCACAUCCGCGCUGAACACCUUCGACAAGAAGCUCAAUGCGACUGAGCGCGCUAAGGACCUCGACUCAAACUACCAGAUCACCAACAAGGCAGUGAGCGGGUGGAAGGGACUGAGCUCGUACUUUGAGAAGGCGCUCGAGCAUCCUUCUGGUCAGAAGCUUGUCGAAUUCUAUACCCAGACUGAUAAGCAGAUUCGUGAUAUUCAUAAUGAGGCUAGGCGUUUGGCGGAUCUGAAGCAGAAGCACCCCACUACUGCGGAGUCUGCGACUGCCCCUGCUGAAGCUGCUGCCGAACCGGCCAACCCUAAGGCUUAG